UACUCCCGCCAUGUUGACGUUGGAGUGCAUGGCGCAGCGAGAGUGACAAGGACUGUUUUCGCUAAUCUUUUGGAUUUUGAUAACGGCGGAUAUUUUUUUCGGGGAAUCAUGCAGAAAUCCUGAAAUGAGAGUGUGAAAUGAUAUCACCUCCGGAAGUGUGGAUAUUCAUCACUGCCUCAUUGAUGACUGCGUGCAGGACGCCUCUGAGGAAAGGCUGCUGGAUUCAUAAACACUUCUUUAGGACUCACAUAAACCCCUGAGCUCUGUUUUGUGGGUCACAUAACGCAUAUUUACCCCGUUUGCAUUUGGGUUGACAAUGGCUGAAAAAGGUAACACAAACAUAGAUCAUCUCGGCGGAGUUGUCAGGCUCAGAGAGGAACACCAAAAGGUGGUGAAAGAAUGCCAAAGUCGGAUUCAGCACUGGAAGAAGGUGUUAGGUGAUUAUGAAGCCCUUGAUGAUCGCCUCAGAACUCUCCCUGAUCAGCUGUGUUAUGAAAUCAUGGUGCCAUUUGGCCCUCUGGCCUUCAUGCCCGGGAAGCUCGUGCACACCAACGAGGUCACAGUGAUGCUGGGCGACAACUGGUUCACCAAGUGCUCCGCCAAGCAAGCUCAGAAAAUUAUCGAACACAGAAUGAAGCACGUGGGAAGUCAGUUAGAUGAUGUGACCAAGACCAUAAAAAAUUUUGAAGCAAGAGUGGGGCUUGCAAAAGAUCUGGAAACCAUGUCGUCUAAUAAAGGUGACUAUGUCGACAUCAGAGAGGAGGUCGGAAACAAUGACUCGGCCGUCACAAAAGGAAAGCAAAGAAUAGCUCACAAGCCAAAUUCUAAGCCCAAGAUGGAUGUGGUGAUUGGUCUGAAAGAGGAGGAUGAAGCAGAGACCGGAGACACACGGAGGAGCAAAGGCAUCAUGACUGAGGAGGAGCUGUGGGCUAGAUUGGAUGAACUUGAAAGACUAGAGGAGUUGCAGGAUGAACAGGACAGAUUGUCUGAUAAUGCAGACAUGAAUGGUGAAGACACAUCAUCAUCUUCAUCGGAGGAGGAGAAGGAGGCAGAAGCUGCACCUCCAGUAAAUGGCCUGAGUUUAAAGCCAAGCUGGAGCUCUGUGCCUCCUAGCAUACAUCCUCUCAGAGACAGGAAAGAGGAAGACUACGAAGAGGAUGGCAGCUGUUUGCCCACAAUUUCCUUCUCUCACACAGUUGAACCCAAGAAGGUAAGGAUAAACACAGGAAAAAACACCAUGUUAAAGUUCAGUGAAAGAAAAGAGCAGAAGGAGCAUUCAAAAAAGAAAAAGAAAAAUGGCCACAGUAAUGGACACUCCCACCACGAACUUCACAAAAUCACCACACCAGCUGAUAUUUACAGGUUGUUUGUGGAUGUGAAGAACGGGGAGCCCAUCCCCAGAAAGUCCAUCCUGAAGUCCCGCAGUCGUGAGAACAGCGUGUGCAGCGACACAAGCGAGAGCAGCGCUGCCGACUUCGAGGAACGCAGGAUGGUUGGACGCAGCGUCAGCCACGAUGAGACAAUGCACAGCGACACCAGUGAUGGCAUCACAGAGGAGGACAGUCUAACAGCAAUGCCUCUGCAAACUCCCAGCAGAUUUGAAGCCUUUUCAGGUAAGGUGGUAGAAAAGGACCCAAUGCCUUCAACGGUGCCCUACCUGACCAUUGUCCCACCCGCUUUGCCAACCAUACUGGAGAGGAAACAGGAGGAGGUUGCACCCGACGUCACCCCGCCUGAGCAGGCGCCUAAAAGGGUGUCAAAGUUCAAAGCUGCCCGGCUGCAGCAAAAAUAACUUUCAGGCCUUCUUUUUUUUUUUUUUUACAACAAAACUGAACAAAAACAAGCAACUAUCUCCCUUCUGAUCAUCUUGCAUUCACCCUUUUCUAUAUUUAAAUUAAUUCCUGUCAUUCAAUAGUAGUGAAAGAGCUAUAGCACCAAUAAUAAAUCUGUCUUUUUUUCUGCUUUCUGUCAGCCUGCUACCUUUAGCUGCUACAUUUUCUCCUCUUCCUUUGCUGAUUCUUGCUGUUUGUAGAUGAGACGAUACCAGCUUUUGUCACAUUGGACAAGCUGCAUUGUUUUCUUUCUUUGUCAAGUAGAAUCUGUUGCUACAGUGAAAUUUCCACCUUUUGUUGGCCUGUGUAAUGAAUGUAUGUCUUCUUUUGUCACACGCUUUAUGGAAGAAAAAAUAUUGAUGGGAACUACGAAGAAAAUAAAUAAUUUUAACAACCAAUUUAUAUUUUUUUUACCUCAUGAAAAACAAAAACAUUUUUAGUAGUUAUACAUACAUACUGCUGAUUAGGAGUUAUUUUCCAGAAUAAACAUGUUAAACAUGAUCCUUCUAUUGCUGUGAUCUGCGUUUACUACAACAUAUAUUUUUACUGAUAUUUUAUUUUUUUUUGAUUGGAUUGAUCUAUUGUGAGCGAUGUUGAAAAACGGAGAUUUCUAAAGGUUUUUCUGUGACCCAUUUAAAUUGAAAGAGCCACAGCAUCAAGUCAAACUCUUAAAAGCAAUAAUGCAUAACAUGUUCAUUUUAUUUCAAGCUAAAACAAAUAUAUUCCAGGAACAACAUCAAAAUGUCAGAGCAGAAUAAAAGUCUCAGAUAUG